AAACUCAAAAGGAGAGAGAUUAAAAAAGAAAAAAGAAGAAGAAAAAUUCAAAGAAAAAGCUGUAUGAUGUAUGUUUGUUCACAGUUCAGUCACAUGAAAGAUGAAACAAAUCUAAAAAGGAUCUCCACAACCCCUUUUUUUUUAGCCUUUCAUUUUGGUUUUCAUUCAAUUCCUAUUUUCCUUUUUCUCUUUUUUCUUUCUUCCUUUUCGAAAAAUAUACAAAGAAACAGAGAAAAACUCAAUUUUCUUACUGUUAUUACUCAUCACUUACUCAUUCAUUCAUAAAUCUAAAAACAACCCAUUUCUCAAAAUCCUCUUAACAGUAAUGGGUCGCUCUUCUUUUCUCUCUAUUCUUCUUCUUCUUUCUUUCUUAAUCACUCUCUGUUUCUCUAAUGGAUUUGGAAGGAAUUUGAGGAUGGUGGUGGAGCCUCUUGAUUCACAUCAUAACUCCAGAGUUCUACUAGAGGAAAGUGGAAGAAAAUGGAGGAUGAUGAAGAUGGAGACAAUGGAUUAUGCAGAUCCAGAGCCAAACACGAAUGUAAAAGGUGGCUAUGUUUCUCCACCUCCUCCUCCAAAUCAUGGAUGAAGUUUAAUUCAAUUCUCUAUAAAUUAAAACAAAGGGUUUCUUUAAUUUUUCUAUUUUGUGUUUGUGUGUGUGGGAAUGUUAUUUGUUCAUAGUAUUUGUUUGGGAAAGGUAGGGAAAGAAGGGUUUAUUGAUGUUGAAUUACCUAAUUUUAUUUUGUUUUUUUUUGUAAAGUGGGUUUGUUUGUGGAUUCAUAAAUCAUGCAUUUUAUUAAAGUUGCCUUUUUGCUUUUAAGUCUGAAAAAAGUUGGAAAAGAAAAGGGCUUGUAUAUGGUUGUAUACAAUAAAUGGGAAAUUGAAUGAGCGA